AAGCAAACGCCAAGGUAAACCCAAGUUCCCUCCCAGUUCGUGCUUUUAAUAUCAGUCUUGUUUAAGAUUUGUUUUGAAGAAAGAGAAUGGCAGUCAGUGCGGUUCAUCUAGAGUGGGACGCCUUCCUGGUGUGUAUGAAUCACGCGUUGAGCACAGAGAAAGAAGAAGUGAUGGGUUUGUGUAUCGGAGAGGUAGAACUCACCAGGGUCGUCCACAUACACUCCGUCAUCAUCCUCCGCCGGUCGGACAAGAGGAAGGACCGGGUGGAGAUCUCCCCGGAGCAGCUGUCUGCCGCCUCCACGGAGGCCGAGAGGCUGGCCGACAUGACAGGCAAGCCGAUGCGAGUGGUUGGCUGGUACUACUCCCAUCCGCACAUCACCGUGUGGCCCUCGCACGUCGAUGUCCGGACUCAGGCAAUGUACCAAAUGCUGGAUCAGGGCUUCGUGGGCCUCAUCUUCUCCUGCUUCAUCGAGGGCAAAUACACCAAGACGGGCCGCGUUCUGUACACCUGCUUCCAGUCGACCCAGGCCCAAAAGGGUUCCGACUACGAGUGUCUGGAAAUCCCGAUUCACGUUGUCCCGCGCGAGACCAUCGGUAAAGUGUGCCUGGAGUCGGCCGUGGAGCUCCCGCGGAUUCUGUGUCAAGAGGAGCAGGAUACGUACCGGAAGAUCCACAGCCUGGCCCACUUGGACCCGGUCACCAAGAUCCACAACGGGUCUGUAUUCACCAAGAACUUGUGCAGCCAGAUGUCAGCAGUGAGCGGACCGCUGCUGCAGUGGCUGGAGGAUCGCCUGGAGCAGAACAAGCAGAUCAUCGCGGAGCUGGAGCGGGAGAAGGAGAGACUGACGCAGGAGCUGAGUGCCCUCUGAGUAGGUGAAGGAUGGGAGAAGAGUUGA